AUGGAGGGCUCAUUCGCAGAUCCACCAAAGAUCAUCAAGAAGAUUUACAAAGCUCUGGAGCCCGGCGGAUGGUUCGAGGCAGGAGGUUUCGUACUUCCCAUGGGCUGCGACGACGGCACCGUCCCCAAGGAUUCGGCUCUCGCUCGUUGGCAUGAUCUUCUCGCCGAAGCAGGCGAACGCUGCGGUCGCUCCAUCGAGAGCCCUUCGAAGUAUACGAGCGCCAUCGAAGAGGCUGGGUUUGUCGACAUCGUGAACAAGCAAUACGUUUGGCCUCUCAACUCGUGGCCCAAGGACAAGACCCUUAAAGAGAUCGGCCAGUGGCAAUUCGUUAACCUGGACUUGGGCAUCGAAGCACUUUCUAUGGGCUUGCUGACGCGGGUAAUGAACUGGACAAAGGAGGAAGUUUAUGCCUUCUGCGCCGAGCUCCGGAAUGACCUCAAAAAGAAGGAGUACCACGCCUACUGGAGGGUCCACGUCGUCUACGCUCGCAAGCCGCUGACUGAGGAAACUCCUGAGGAAGCUCCUGGAGAGUGA